GAAUUAGAUUCAUUAGCGGAUUUGAUAUCAUUCGGUGUUGCUCCUGCGGUGUGCGGUUUCGCUGUAGGAAUGUGCACAUUCAUUGAUACUAUGAUCCUUUCAGUUUUUAUAACUUGUGGUAUCGCUCGUUUGGCCCGUUAUAAUGCAACUGUUGCAUCUCUUCCAAAGGACUCUGCUGGUAAAAUUAACUACUUUGAAGGGACUCCAAUUCCGACUACAAUGACCAUAGUAGCUAUAAUUGCUUAUUUUGUUAAGGAGGGGCAAAUAGAUGAUAAUUUACCAGGUGGUGUGAUUGAAAUAUUUCCAAAUAUUAUGUUACAUCCGUUUGUAUUAUUGUAUGCAUUGAGUGGGAUUGCAAUGGUGAGCAAAACCUUAAAGAUUCCAAAACUUUAG